AUGUCAUAUCGACCCCCUGCAUGCGUAAGCUCCCUGACCCCUGUUGUCUCAAAUCUGACAAUUGCUGAUCCGCAGCCCAAUCCUAAGCUGUCGUUCCGGGUAAACAAAAGAUCCAAGAUCUUGAUGGCCACACCUGUCUAUCUGGCGUACCAGUAUAUGUCAUAUAGCAGACUACCCCUCCCUGCCCAGAUAUUUAUGACCGUCUCGUUGAACCUUCUGGCAUCCUGUGCCACAUGCAAGCCCCACAUUUCUAGUGUGAGUUCACGGUGUGUGGAUCCACCCCCUGAAUCGUUUCCAAUGCCGCCAAAUCGACGCCGGCUUCGCCAGCGGGGAUAUGCCAGGGUUUUCCAAGUACCCUUGGUUCUUGAAGGCCUGGCGGCCGAUUGUUGGACGAAGAGUGUGGAUUUAAUGUGGAGAAAUUGCUCGGGAUGUGGCCAAGCACUGGCAAGCAGAGCAUAA